AUGGGGCACUCUGAAUGGGAUCACAAACGAGGACCCAGAGGCUCACAGUCUUCUGGUACCAGUAUCACAGUGGAUAUUGCUGUCAUGGGAGAAGCCCACGGGCUCAUUACAGACCUUCUGGCAGAUCCCUCGCUGCCCCCCAACGUGUGUACUUCGCUGAGAACAGUGAGCAACCUGCUUAAUACACAGUUAACCUUCCAGGCCAUCCACAAGCCAAGGGUGAACCCUUUGGUGUCCUUCAGUGAGAACUACACCUGCUCCGACUCGGAGGAAUGUCCGGAGAAAGGAGAGAAACUAGCUAUUCCCAAGCGCUUGCGGAGAAGUUUGCCUCCAGGACUGCUGAGACGAGUGUCCUCAACUUGGACCACAACAACAUCAGCCACAGGAUUACCUACACUGGAGCCAGCUCCAGUGCGAAGGGAUCGCAGUGCCAGCAUCAAACCUCAUGAAUCAUCUUCAUCCAGCCCUGACUCCUGGAACAGCUCAAUUCUGAUGACAAUCACAAAGAGCAGGUCCUUCUCCACCUCCUAUGCCAUGUCUUCUACCAACCACCUGAAUGCCAAAAGGCAGAGCCGGCAAGGUAUCCCGCCAAAUAUUUCACCUCUCAACUCCCCAUGUCAUUCACCGAUUCAGGGGACGCCUGCCACCAGUCCUACCGGAAAAACAUCUUCUGUGUCAUUUCCAGACUCUACAGAUACUGAUGCCAAGCAAGGCUUAAAGCCACACAAAGUAUUAACUUCUACUCAGAGUGCACCUAGCCUGUCAGACCCUAUUAUCAGCCCCUCUGUCAUCUGCAGCAGCUGUGGCAGACCCUAUAACCAGAUAGAAGCUGGUGAUGGGACACUAGAUAGAAAUGAUGGUACCGCACACCCCCUGAACAGAACAGAUGAUCCUGCGCAAGCCACUUCUGACUAUGAGACCAACAACAGUGACAGCAGCGAUAUCGUACAAAAUGAUGAUGAGACAGAUUGCUCCAAAGAGCAGACACGGAAAGGAUCCGUCUGUAGGACGUACACCCCUGAGACCAUCAGUUUCUUGGACAAGCCUGUACUUGCUCCUGAGCCUCUGGUUAUGGACAACUUGGAUCCCCUGAUGGAACAGCUAAAUAGCUGGAACUUCCCAAUCUUUGAUUUGGUGGAAAAAAUAGGAAAGAAAUGUGGUCGGAUUCUCAGUCAGGUAUCCUACAGGCUUUUUGAAGACAUGGGACUGUUUGAAACCUUUAAAAUACCAGUGAGGGAAUUUAUGAACUACUUUCAUGCCUUGGAAUGCGGAUACCGAGAGAUACCUUAUCACAACCGAACCCAUGCAACUGAUGUUCUACAUGCCGUUUGGUACCUUACUACUCAGCCCAUCCCAGGACUCCCAACUGUGAUUAAUGAUCAUGGGUCAGCAAGCGAUUCAGAUUCUGACAGUGGAAUCACUCAUGGCCAUAUGGGUUAUGUGUUUUCGAAGACAUACACACCUACAGAUGACAGCUAUGGAUGCCUAGCUGGCAACAUCCCUGCCCUUGAACUGAUGGCUCUUUAUGUAGCUGCAGCCAUGCAUGAUUAUGAUCAUCCAGGAAGGACCAAUGCCUUUUUGGUAGCAACAAGUGCUCCUCAGGCGGUGCUGUACAACGACCGCUCCGUCCUGGAGAACCACCAUGCCGCUGCUGCCUGGAACCUUUUCAUGUCGAGGCCAGAGUACAACUUCCUGGUCAACCUCGACCACGUGGAGUUCAAGCAUUUCCGCUUCCUCGUCAUUGAGGCAAUUUUGGCUACUGACCUGAAGAAACACUUUGAUUUUGUUGCCAAAUUCAACGCCAAGGUGAAUGAUGAUGUUGGAAUUGACUGGACUAAUGAGAAUGACCGCUUGCUGGUUUGCCAGAUGUGCAUCAAACUGGCUGACAUAAACGGGCCUGCAAAAUGCAAAGAUUUGCAUCUGCAGUGGACAGAAGGCAUUGUCAAUGAGUUUUAUGAACAGGGUGAUGAAGAGGCUAGCCUGGGCUUGCCGAUCAGUCCUUUCAUGGAUCGCUCUGCUCCUCAGCUGGCACACCUCCAGGAAUCUUUCAUCACUCACAUUGUGGGACCACUAUGUAACUCCUAUGACUCAGCGGGGCUGAUGCCAGGAAAAUGGAUAGAAGAUAGUGAUGAAUCAGGAGACACUGAUGAGCAUGAAGAAGAAGAAACAGCAGAAAUGGAAACUUGUGAAAAUGCUGAAUCCAGAAAGAAGUUCAAGAGGAGGAAAAUCUACUGCCAGAUCACUCAGCACCUGCUUCAGAACCAUAAAAUGUGGAAGAAAGUCAUUGAGGACGAGGAGAGGUUAGCCGGGACAGAGAAGCAAGGCACAGAGCAAUCCACACUGCACCAAUCUUCAGAACAAAUCCAGGCCAUCAGGGAAGAGGAGGAGGAGAAAGGGAAGCCCAAGAGGGAUGAAGAGGAGAACACAACUGUAGAACCGAACCAAUGA